GCUAAAAAAAAGAAAAAAAAAGUGGGAAGAACUGAAAGUCAGUUUUUUUUUAUUCUUAACCUCUACAAUGUCAACCGCUGAACCCAAGAAAGAAAAGAAAGACCAGGCCGAGGCCAUGGAGAUUGUCGAGGAUGCAGAAGCCAAGCAGCUCCGUCUGGCAAAGGAAACAAAUCAGGCUGUACUGUCGGAAAUCAAGCGCAAUUUUACACUCUUGGAGCGUGCAGUAGACACAUUAGAAUCUCGCUUUACCACACGUGUCCUGAGAACCGUGCCAUCCAUUCGCCGUCGACUUACAUCACCUGUUUUGGCACAAGUGAUCUCUGAAACUUAUGGUGCACAUGAAGAAGAGAAGAACGAAUUGUUGCAAUAUCUUGGAGAGAAAUCGAAUGACAUGGAGGUUGAUAGUGCAGCUGAGAAAAAUGGAUCAGUUCUUCCUGAGAUCGACACCUACCUUCAUUUACAUGUCCUGAUAACUUUGUUGGAUAAGAAUGAGCUUAAAAAGGGCACUGAGUUGGCAGACAAGACUGUCAAGAAGAUACUCCUUUUGAACCGUAGAACUCUUGAUCAGCUGGCUGCCCGUGUGUAUUUCUAUCAUGCACGUUUCUAUGAAUUGACAGGUCGUCUCGCUGAGAUCAGACCUCUUCAGUUGGCUGCUCAUCGAACAGCUACCUUGAAACACGAUGAUGAGACUCAGGCUACAUUAUUGAACCUACUUUUGCGAAACUACUUUGUGCAUAACCUUUACGACCAAGCCGAUAAGCUUGUCUCAAAAUGUGCAUUCUCAGAAAACGCCGGAAACAACCAGGCUGCCCGCUACGCUUACUAUCUUGGACGCAUCAAGGCACUCCAGCUUGAUUAUACCUCUGCUCACACUUACCUAACACAGGCAAUUAGAAAAGCACCUCAAAACAACAUCACUGCUGGAUUCCAGCAGACUGUCAACAAGUUCUUUAUUGUCGUCCAACUGUUGAUGGGCGAGAUCCCUGAACGUUCGCUUUUCAGACAACCUAUUCUUAAAAAGGCUUUAGCCCCUUAUCUCCAUAUCACUCAAGCUGUUCGCAUCGGUGAUCUUAGCAAAUUCCAAGAGUGUUUGGCUCAAUUUGACGCCGUUUUUAAGAAGGAUAAGACAUUUACCCUUAUCCUCCGUCUGCGUCACAAUGUCAUCAAGACCGGUAUCCGUAUGAUCAGUCUCUCGUAUUCCAAGAUCUCCCUGAGAGACAUCUGUAUUCGCCUCCACCUGGAUAGUGAAGAAGAUGCCGAAUUCAUUGUUGCAAAGGCUAUCAGAGAUGGUGUUAUUGAUGCCACUCUGGACCACAGCAGAGGUUUUAUGAAGAGCAAGGAAAUUCUCGACAUAUACUCAACAAAUGAGCCCCAGCAUGCUUUCCAUCAGCGUAUCAGCUUCUGCUUGAACCUCCACAACGAAGCAGUCAAGGCCAUGCGUUUCCCUCUCGAUGCUCACAGAAAGGAGCUUGCCAGUGCAGAAGAAGCAAGAGAAAGAGAACGCGAGUUGGCUCAAGAAAUUGCUGAGGGUGAUCUUGAUGAAGACAAUGAUAUGGCUGACUAUUAAAGUUACAACAACUCUCUUUCCCCCCCCCCCUUUUUUUACAAGUCCAUUUUUUUUUCAUUCAAUAAACAAAUGACAAACAUUUUUCAAAAUUUCUUGAGUUUUGUGGAAAUUAUGAAGAAUUUUUUUUAAAAGAACUAUUUUUUUUGUAAUAAAAAAAAUGUCGAAAAGAAGGAAAAAAAAACCCCCUGGGAACAAAAGCAUGCUAGUAUUUUGUAGGAUAUAAACCUUUUCUUACACUGUUAAAUCUUGAGCACAAACACAAGUUCAUUAAAGCCAAAUGUGAAUAUAAAAGCAUGAGGGGGUGGGGGGUGAGAAGUUAUCAUAAACUCCAUUCUAAUCUCUUUCAACGCUCUUUACACUGCCGGCAGGGGAUCUGGAUCGGCUUCUGGAGUACGAGCGUUCACGUCUGACAGAGCGUUCACGGCUAACAUCUCUGGAUCUCUCGUGGCUCAAAUCUCUAGGAGGAGAUCUUCUGGUGUCCUCAGCCUUGAUGUCGUCCAUCUUAUCAUCUUCAUCACGGCGACUGGAUGAUCUACGAGGAGAGCGGGAACGUGAAACAGAAGGAGAACGCGAACGCGAACGGGAAGGCGAAGGCGAGCGGUCACGGCGCGAAGAGCGACGACGAGGAGAACGGGAACGGGAGGGAGAGCGGGAGCGCGAUCUACGGCUAGAAGAACGGUUGCCGGUAUCCUCACGGAGAGAGAUACGUUGACCGUUCAGUUCGCUGUCGUCCAUCUUGCGAAGAGCAUACUCCAUAUCAGAGCGCUGUGCAAAUUCAACAACACCUUCGCCAGGACGGCCUCUGAUCACGUCAGCAAAAGUGACCUCGCCAGCUUUACGCAUUAAAUCUUUAAGAUCCUGCCACGGGGUUCCAGAGGGGAUAUUGUCAACCAACAAACGGUAACGGGACUUUCUGCGUUCACUGCCACGGCCAUCACCGCCCUCACGACCACGGCGAGUGCCGCGGGCCAAUUCAACAAUCAAUCUUUCACCAAGGAAGUCUUUUCCAUGGAAAUCGUAAACAACGUCUUCGGCAUCGCGAGAAUCUCUAAAUUCAACAAAGCCAAAACCGCUUUUGAUGUUGAUUUCACGGAUUUCGCCAUAGCCCUUGAAAAGACGUUCUAAAUCACGACUUCUUGCGUCGCGUGCAAGACGACCAACAAAUACUCGAGAAGACAUGAUUAAGAUGAUG